UGCCAAGGGGCCGCGGUUGCCCCGCACGUGAUGGCAACGUUAGUGGACAACGCUAGGUGAGCUUCACGUCACCCGAACAACGCGCCGGACUGUCACGGCUCUACAUACUAUACACGCCCGCCACUCACGAAUCAUCACCACACCGUAAUCUGUCUACUUCAGCCACGAUGUCGCGCAUCGACAAGCUCGCCAUCCUUGGUGUCCGGUCCUUCGACAACACGCGCACGGAGAGCAUCCAGUUCCACACGCCGUUGACACUAAUCGUGGGCUACAACGGGUCUGGGAAGACAACGAUCAUCGAAUGCCUCAAGUACGCGACGACGGGGGACCUUCCGCCGAACAGCAAGGGCGGCGCGUUCAUCCACGACCCGAAGAUGUGCGGCGAGAAGGAAGUGCUCGCACAGGUCAAGCUGUCGUUCAAGUCCAUCAACGGCGCGAAGAUGGUGUGUACGCGCUCGCUGCAGCUGACGGUUAAAAAGACCACAAGACAGCAGAAGACGCUGGAGGGGCAGUUGCUGGUGGUGAGAAACGGCGAGCGAUCGACUAUUUCGUCGAGAUGUGCCGAGCUCGAUAUGGUCAUGCCGCAGUAUCUAGGCGUGUCUAAGGCCGUGCUGGACUAUGUCAUCUUUUGCCAUCAGGACGAGAGUCUGUGGCCGCUGAGCGAACCUGCGGCGCUGAAGAAGCGCUUCGAUGAGAUAUUCGAGGCGCUGAAAUAUACCAAGGCGAUCGACAAUAUCAAGGUGUUGCGCAAAAAGCAGAACGAGGAGCUAGGCAAGCUCAGGAUUCUGCUGGAGCAGUAUCGUACUGACAAAGAUCGAGCGGAAAAGGCCAAACGUCGAUCGGACGAACUCCACGAAGAGAUCGAAACGAUGCGGGUAAGGGUCACGAAUCUGAGUACCGAGCUGCAAUCGAUCGCACAAGAGCAAAAGACACUAUUCGAGACAGCUCGAGGCUUCGAGCACACGCUUGCCACGCUAGAAAUGAAGCGGCAGGAAGCAGUUUCCAAGCAGUCGCACCUCCAAGAGCUGUCGCAGCACAUGGACUUUCUGGAGGACUCUGACGAGAAGCUACACGAAAUGCACGACGACUACGAGCGGAGAUUGAGAUCGUACGAACAGCACGUGCAGAACAAGAAGGCUGCGUACAACCAGUUGAAGGUCAAGCUGGAGCAGGUUAGAACACAGUUAGGAAAUAAGCUUACCGAGGAGGGCCGCAUCCAGGCCCAGAGGAAGCAGUACGAGGGCCAGCUGAGAGAGCGCGAGGACCUGGUCAGAGAGAUCAGUGUCAAGCACGAUAUGAAAGGCUUCAGUGGAGAAUUGGACGAUGAGCAGAUUCAGGAGUUCAUGGCUAAGAUCACUCGCAUGUCGCGAGAUCAGGGCUUGGUUUUGGAGAGGAUCAAGCGCGAAAACGAGAGUAGCAUAUCGUGGGCCCAAAACGACCUCAAUGGUCUGGUGAAUAAGAGAAGUUCGCUGCGGCAGAAGAAGGAAUACGCACAAUCGGAGAUCAAGAACCUGGACAGGAAGGUCGCUGAAUACAAACGGAAUCUGGAUUCCUUGAAUGUGGACUCUGGACAGGAGGCGAUGGCCAAGGAUGAUCUCAGCAAGAGGGAAAUCCGUCUUGAGGAAGCCAGAGCCAAAGCUCAGGUGGCCGACAACGACGGCUCACUUCAAGUCGAGAACGCUAAACUACGGAAACUGGAAGAGGAUGAAGGUUCUGUAACGGAGGAACUCUUCCAGGGAUCGAAGAACGCAGAGCUCAGAGCCCAGUUGGCUAUUCUCAAGCAGAACCUGGAGACCAGACAAAAGGUCUAUGCUUCGUUAAUCGCUGCGAAAAAGGACAAGAUCGAUAGUGUCGUUGGCAAGCGGUGGUCCGAAUCAACAGUCGAGAAAGAUCUACAAGCAGUUCUAGAUCAACGUGAGGAAGAACAGCAAGAAGCCAUACGGCAACGUGAGAUCGUGAAUCAACAGGUUUCCCAAAUCGACACAAAGCUCGGCAUUGCAAAGGAUUCGUUGAAGCGGAAGCAAGAUGAGGCUUCUAAAUGCGAAGCGACGGUUGUGCAAUCCUGGGAACUAGAAGACGGCACUACGAACAAUGUAAACGACUAUCCAGAUGCCUUGAAAGAUCUCGAGGCGCAGCGAGCGGCCUUCAAACAAGGAGAAUUCAUGCUCAAUUAUCUCAACUCCGCGGUAGCAGUGGCAGAGAGGAAGAACGCAUGCGUUCUCUGCAGACGUGGCUUCAAAGAUGAGGACGAGAAAUCUUCUCGGCUCACUGAGUUCAGGAAGCAGAUCGAAAAGGUAUUGAAAAAUGCUGAUGAGGAGGUUAUCCGGGGAUAUGAAGAGGAUAUCGAAAUCCUUCGCGAGGCGGGGCCAAGCUACGACUCGUACGUGCGACUCACGUCGAUUGAGAUUCCGGCGCUGGAGACAGAGAUCAAACAGUACCAGAAGGCAAAGGAAAAGCUUCUCGAGCAGUACACCAAGCUCGACAAAAUCGUCGAUGACAAGUCCAAUGCUAGUUCCGAAGUUCAGUCCCUGAGAGCUCCGGUGGCCGAGUUGGCCAGGUACAAACGAGAGAUCGAUGGCACGGAGGAAGAAAUCAACAGCAUGACGUUUUCCAUGACGGACAUGGGCGGAACCCGUACGAUCGAAGAGCUGCAAGAAGACAGCAAGCGGCUCAAGGAGAAAAUCACUCGUGUCAAGAACCUUAUUAGGAGUAUGGAACAGGACCGAGAGAACCGGCGGCAAAGCAUCAUUGGCUUGGAGCGCCAGGUCAACGAUGCGCGCAAGAGACUGAACGACAUCACCCUGCAGCUCGUUGAUGUGCGCCAGCUCACCGAACGGAUCGAAGAGUGUUCUGUGGCCAGAAGUCGACAGAAUGCCGUGAUCGACGAGGUUGAUCGCGAACUGGAGAAUCUUGCGCCCGAUAUCCUAGCCGCGGAGGCGCGACUGAAGGAAAUCAGCCGCGAGUGCUCUGAGAAGGAGACGAAGCAGCAGCGAGAUGCUGCCAAGCUUUCCCAGAGCGACAUGAAUCUGAAGAGCAUCCAGCGAGGAAUCUCCAAUUACAUCAACGAGGGAGGGCUGCAUAGCCUGGAGGAAUGCAGAGGACAGGUGCAACGUCUGAGAGCGGAUGUCGAGCAGCUGGGUAACGAUGUCACGGAGGCUAGCGAUCUGGUGGCGAAACUCGAGAAGGAGGCCGUGACCACGCAAACUACCCAGCGCACCAUCAUCGAGAAUCUACGGUACCGCAAGAACAAGGUCGAGCUCAAGAAGAUCAAGCAGGAGAUCAAGGAGCUGGAAGCCCAGCGUGCCGAUGAGCAGAGAGAGCGCUUCGAGAAAAAUGCGGAAAUCCUUGCUAAUAAGCACUCGAGGCUUUCCAGCGAGAGAUCCGCACUCGUGGGAGAAAUGAGGUCCAAGGAUAAGCAGCUAGAGCAGCUCGUGGCGGACUACGCGACGGAUUACGCAGAUGCCAAAGACAAGUACAAAGAGACUCUGGCCAAGGUACACACCACGACCAGCGCCACCAACGAUCUGGGCAAGUAUGGUGCUGCUCUGGACAAGGCCGUCAUGAAGUACCACAGUCUGAAGAUGGAGGAGAUCAAUCGCAUCAUCGAGGAGCUGUGGAAAUCGACAUAUCGGGGAACGGAUGUCGACACCAUCCUUAUCAGAUCCGACAACGAAACUGGAAAGGGAAAUCGCUCCUACAAUUACCGUGUUUGCAUGGUCAAGCAGGAUGCCGAAAUGGACAUGCGUGGGCGAUGCAGUGCUGGACAGAAGGUUCUUGCCAGUAUCAUCAUCCGUCUAGCACUGGCCGAGUGUUUCGGUAUCAACUGCGGUCUGAUUGCGUUGGAUGAGCCUACAACCAAUCUGGACCAAGACAACAUCCGAUCUCUGGCACGGAGUUUGCACGAGAUCAUCAGGACGAGACAGUCGCAGGCCAACUUCCAGCUCAUCGUCAUCACCCACGACGAGGAGUUCCUCAAGGAGAUGAACUGUCAGGACUACUGCGACAACUACUACCGCAUCUCCAGGAAUGACAGGCAAAAGUCGAUCAUUGGGAUGCAGUCUAUUGCGGAGGUGAUCUAGGCCAGGGGGUGAUUACAUGUUCGGGUAUCUUGUACACUAGCUAGA